AUGAGAAAACCGACCUUAUUACUCCUUAUAUCCUUUCGCUCACCUUCAUUCUUUCAAUUUUAUCAUUCAUCGGGCAAAGCUCGCCAACAUGUGCAUAAACAAAAUCAAAUCUGUGGCAUUUGCUAUACGCCAAAGCUCCAACAUCAAAAGUCAAGUAAUGCUCCGAUCUAUCAUCUUUAUGAGCCCAUCGAAGAAGCAGAGAGAUUGGAAACCUACAACGUUGAAGCCCCCAUAACGAUUGGCGAUCAACUUCACGACCGCUAUUGGGUAGUCCACAAGUUCGGUCACGGCGCAUAUUCAACUAUUUGGCUGGCUCAAGAUCAACAAGUCAACAAAUCGAAAUCCAAUCCACCCGAACCCAAUGUGCUCUCUGAACUCAAUAUACCUCAACAAACUCAUACCAUGAGCCUAGGAAGGCCAAUGGCUCCUUCAAUAACAGAUAAUUUCAAUAUCAUCGGUCCAAAAGGCACACACGCCUGCUAUAUCACUGCCCCGGCUAGGGUGAGCCUAUCCGAGUCGAAUGAUGGAUCUUACAGUGGUCUCUUCUAUUGA